GCGAGAGAGAGAGUGAUGGCAUCUAGUGGCCAUAAUGGCGGUCACAUGGUGGUCAAGCUGCUCUUGGCCUUGGCCAACCUCUGGCCGUGUCUGGCCUACGAUUUUGGCUACCAUCCCAGUGCCGAGGAGUACGACAGCCUGUGGCAUCGCGAUCGGCGCUCGGAGCAGCGCUUUGUGCCGCGAUACCAGCACGCAGAGACCUCGAUACGUUUCGAGCCGCCAGCCACGGAGUUGGAUUUUCAAUUGUUUAGCCAGGAAGUUCAGGAGCAAGCGGAGGAUCAGCAGCAGCAGCAGCAGCAGCAGCAGCAGCUGCCAUAUGUGUUCGAGUCCGUGGAGCAGCAGCACGAGCCAGAUCUGAUGCAUGUGCAGAGUCAGCUGCUGGAGAUAAAGCAGCCCACACCGCAGCCAACCAGCUCCUCCUCGGGACAAGCGAAUUUUCCCAUUUUCUUUACCAAUCCAGCCACAGGCAUUGUCUAUGCCAUCAGCCAGGUGGGCGAGGGAUCGCAGGCAUCCCAGUCCCGCAACGAUAGCAGCUCCGGCAUAGCCAUCUAUGUGACCAAGGCACAGUAUGAUGCGGACCUGCUGGCACUGCGGCAGCGCUACGAGAAGCAGUGCCAGCAGCAGCAGCCGCCCCCAGGCACUGUGCUCUCCACGCCGAGCCUAAAGCCAAACGGCCAAGGACUGGGCGGAGGAGUGACGGCACGGCCACAGAUCAUACGGCUGCAGAAGCCAAAAAGGACACAGCCAGGUGCCACAAAUAAGCUGCCAAAGCCACAGCAUCGACCGCCACCAGUGAUGGUGACCAGCGGACCCAUAACCACCGUCAACGAUCAGGUGUUGAAGUUGCAUCACAAAGGCAGCAGCACCACCAGCACCACCAGCACCACCACAAGGAGACCCAAGACGUCCAACACAAAGCGCAAGAAGCGCAAGAAGAAGAGGCCAAAUCCGAAUCCAAUCAAACGGCGGCCGCGGCCUGGACACAAGCGGAGAGGCAACAGCACCAAGGAGCCGGUACACCAGCCAGCUUCGCCGCUCAUUAUACUGGGCAAGCGACCAAGCAGCAGCAGCAGCGGCACGACAACAACAACGACAACAAGACCACCGCCAGGAUCCACAUCCACACAGCUGGAGAAGCCACACAUGCCGCUGGCCACCACCUCAACGGGGGCGAAUAUUUUCAGUCAGCAUUCAUUUGGGAACAAUCGGGGAUAUCAGCAGCAUUAUCAGAAAACUCAGCCCCAGGCCCAUGCAGCAUCAGCCACUGUUGUCGGAGGAGGAGGAGCAGCAGAAUCAAGCAGAUCCCGCAGAAGGGGCGGAGGAUCUGGCAGCUCAAGGCCAAGGCGACCCAAGGGCAGUAGCAGCAGCAGCAGCAAAACCAAAACCAAAACCAAAUCCCAACCCAAGCAAAAGCCGCAAACCACGCCGCAAGUGGGCGGUGAGCCAGCGGCAGGCGGUGCUGGUGUGGCCACUGGAGUGUUGCAUCUGUCACAUGCUGUCCAUCUGCUGCACGGGAAUCACAGUACAGCAGCAGCUGCAGCAGCAGCCAAGGAGCAUAAUCCUCUGCCAGAUCAGAACAAAAUCCAACCAAAGAAACAGAACAAAUCAAAGAUAAAGACAAAAGCAAAGGCAAAGAAGGGCACGUCGCCUUUUGAUAUAUUCGAACUAAUGUCUGGCGGGGAUUACGAUGAUGAUGAUGAUGAUGCGGAGGAGGAGGAUGCGUUCUACUACGAGGAUGACGCUGGUGAUGAAAAAGAGCCGGAACAGGCGGCACAAACGACCAGCAGCAGCAGUCCCGAAGAUCUCAAGGAGGACAGCAGCUCGGCGGAGGAGGGCGCCGACUUUGGGGCCAUGGAGGAGACGGAGACGACACUCUCCCCCACAAGCACGGAGCUGGAGGGGGAAGAGUUGUCCAGCACAAAGAACAGCAUGGCCAAGAAGAAGCGGAUACGCAUACGUAGAAGGCCGCCUGCUGCUGCUGCUGCCUCCUCCGAGGAGGAGGAGGACGACUACGAUGAUGAUGAUUCUGGUGGCAUCGGUGGCUUCUUUCGCAUGAUCUUCUAUCCCGUUCAAGUGGCCAUGUCACGCCUAAUGGACUUGGGCUUUGGCAGUCCAUCAACGUCAGCGUCCAACGAUGAGGACGAGGAGGAGGCUCACAAGGUGCAGCCCACAAAGUAUACCAAAUAUCCCAGCUACACGCUCUACCACAGCGCCCAUAGCAACGAGGCCUAUGCUCAGUCCGAGGACGGGGAAGAUGAGGACGAGGAUGAGGAGCAGGAGGAGGAUGGCAGCAGCAGCAGCAGCCUGGGCAGUUGGUUUGGCUCCUGGUUUGGUCCGGGGCGACGCACCAAGAAAAUUGGCAGCACCACCACAGUGGUGCCAGUGCCAGCGCCCACCGAAGAGCCCGCCGGCUGGCUGGAGUCCUGGUUUGGCUUUGGCAAGACGACAACAACGACAACAACAGCGCCCAUGGAUGCCGAUGAAGAUGAUUAUGACAAAUGGUUUUAUAGCUGGUUCGAUGCGAAGCCCAAGCGGAAAGUGCGACGACGCAGCACCACCUCAACGACGACCACAUCGACGACAACCAGCCAACCGACUGCUCAGGUGCCCAUACUGACGAUUGUGGAUCCGCUGAGGAAUCCCCAAAAUUGGAUUGGCAUACUCGCCCAUCACAUAGUCAACACGACGGGCACAACGACAGCGAAUCCCCUGCUGCAGGCGCUGGUCACCAGAAUGACGACGACCAAAGGGACGACAACGACCACCACGAAGCCGGAUAUGCCGCGCAGGAUAAGCUACGAGAAGUAUCAGAUUUGGCGCUUAAAGCCGCAGGAUGAGGCACAGGUGCGUGUCCUGGAGGAGUUCAAGAAGGGCGAGGAUGGCGUCAAGAUGCACUGGCUCAAGGGUCCCAGUCUCAGAGGCCUCACCGAUGUCCUGGUGCCGCCCAAAAUACUGGUGGACUUCCAGGGCACACUCAACUACGAGGGCAUUGCCCAUGAGGUGCUCAUCUUCGAUGUGGGCAAGGCCAUUGCCUAUGAGCAAUCGAAGGAGGACUAUCUGCACACCACACCCAUCGCACUGAAGCGUCCAUCGCGGCCAUCGCCAUCCCAGUCGAAGCCAGGCAUGACCUGGAAUCGCUAUCACACACACGACGAGAUUGUCCAGUAUCUGGAAACGAUGCGCAUGCGGCAUCCGCAGCUGGUCGAGCUCAUUCACAUUGGACGCUCCUACGAGGGUCGUCCCCUGAUUGUCGUCAAAAUCGAGUCCAAGCAAUCGGCGGCCAGUGCAGCCAAUGCCACGGCCACGGGCUACAAGAGGCCCAAGCGCAAGCGCAAGUCUGGCCAGGCGAAUGCCGUCUUUGUGGAGGCGGGCGCACAUGGCCUGGCCUGGAUUGGGCCCGCGACGGCCACCUGGAUGAUCUCCGAGCUGCUGCGACUGAUGAAAACCAGCAAAAACAACGAGGAGCUGGAGCUUAUACGGAACACCACGUGGUACAUAAUGCCCGUGCUGAAUCCUGAUGGAUAUGCGUAUAGCCACGAGUACGAUCGGUUCUGGAAGAAGUCGCGCUCUCAGCAUUUGGCACGCGCCCCAGGCGGACUGCUCGACUCGGCCAUGACGUGGCUGCAACCGAAACGCGGCCAGGAUAAGGUCUGCCACGGCGUGGAUCUUGACCGCAAUUGGCUGUACCACUGGGGCAAGCGGGGCAGCUCCAAGGCGCCCUGCAAUGAGUUCUAUGCAGGACCCGCACCCUUCUCGGAACCCGAGACCAAGGCCGUCUCCGAUUUUCUCAUGGAUCAACGCACACAAAUCAAGCUUUACAUUUCGCUGCAGGCGUACGGCCAAGUGGUCUCGUAUCCGGUGAAGACGAAUUCCACAUUUAAUUCGGAGCGCUUGGAUGACUUUCUGGACGUGGCCAUGGUGGGCACCGAUGGCCUGCGCAAGAAGGGCAGCAAAUCGCGCUACAAAGUAGACGCCUCCAAUGAUCUAAUCGAGCAGCGUUCCGGCUGCGCUGAUGCCUUUGCCGCGUACGAGAUCGGCAUACCCUUUAGCUAUACAAUCCAACUGGCGGAUAAUGGGGUGCAUGGCUACCUGCUGCCCAGCAGCGCCAUAGAGCCGACAGCGCGGGAUGCCUUCGAGAUUGUCAGCGGAAUGCUGGACUACAUUUAAGAGCGGUCUCUGGUCUCUGCUUGAGUCACUCUGGGGUCAGGGUUGGGGCUUUAUACACACAAUUAUUAGUUCCUUUUUUUGUUUUUGUGUUUAGCUUUUAAGCAUCGGAAAUCUCGAUCGCAUCUUAGGAAUAUAUAUAUGCACAUUCCUCAAGCAAUUACUCAUCGAAUCGAACUAAUUUCAUCUGCUGCUGAGAUUUAAAUUUAGUUUAACUUAUUAAGCUGUUUUACACAUUUUGUAUAUUCGAAUUUAUAUCUUAUUUAUACACACAUUUUUUUUUGUAGUUUUAAUCGCGAUUAGGAAAUAAAUUCGUAAUAUUCGUAAUAUAUCAUUAUGU